AUGUGUUAUUUCCUUACAGGUCUGGCCGAUGAGACCUUAAUUGUGAAGCUCGGAGAAGAGGCCCCAGCCACUUUUGCCGAGGUCCUGCAAAAGGCGAAGAAGGUUAUUGAUGGGCAAGAGCUCCUCCAGACCAAAACUGGCCGACCAGAAAAGAAGAUCGACCAGGGGAGGACUGGCAUGGACAAAGGAAAGGCUGAUUCCAAGUCCAAAGACAAGGGACCAUCCUCCUCUAGCAGCCGAGCUGAUUAUCGAAGACUGGGAUGGAAAAGCUCUUUCAAGCGACCUGAGAAGCUCCGAGGAGACCUAGAAAAGCGCAAUAAAGAUAAAUAUUGUCGUUUUCAUCGAGAUCAUGGCCAUAAUACGUCAAAUUGCUGGGAAUUGAAGCGCCAGAUUGAAGACCUCAUUCAAGAUGGCUACUUCAAAAAAUUCGUUGGCAAACCGAGGUCCAACUCAGUGGAAAAGAAAGAAGAGAGGAAGCGUUCGAGGACGCCACCUCGCCGAGAUGACCGACCUACGGUCAUCAAUACCAUUUUUGGAGGCAUAAGUGGGGGCCAGUCUGGAAAUAAAAGAAAGGAGCAAGCUCGAAAAGCCAGGUGCGAGGUGUGCAUCAUCAGGGAGCAGAGAUCGACCUCCCCUAUUACCUUCAACGAUGCUGACCUGGAGGGGGUCCAUUUGCCCCAUAAUGACGUACUUGUGAUCGCUCCACUCAUUGAUCACGUCCUGGUCUGA